AUGGAGAGGUCUCAGCUGAGAAAGAGUGGGGGAGGAACCUUGACAAUUUCUCAUGAGCUCUCGGGUGGUGAGAAAGAAGCUACUAGUAACAGAAAGGCAAAAGUCCUGAAGUGCCUUGAGAGUCUCUGCAUUGCCUGUGAUGAGGAUAACAUGCCCAAUAUCGCUGUCCUAGGAUCGGGCGGAGGUCUGCGGGCCAUGAUAGCCCUUGAGGGAACCUUGGUGGAGCUGAAGAAGCAGGGCCUGUUGGAUGCUGUCAUGUACCUGUGUGGGGUAUCGGGUUCCACUUGGUGCAUGUCUUUCCUCUACCAAGAGAAGGACUGGACAGAGAAAGUGCAGAUCUUGGAAGAACGCCUGUGUGAUACACUUUCCAAACCUUCAAUUGGUAUUCAAGAGGAGUUUAAUAUUGCAACACACGCAGCUGAAGAUGAACUCUUCUCUCUGACUGAUGUCUGGGCCUCUUUCUUUGUCUGUGAAACACUGAAGCAGUAUGAUAAAACCAAGUUAUCUGAACAUGACGAUGCCUCUAGAAAUGGGAAAAAUCCUUACCCCAUCUAUGCAGCAAUAGAAGCAAACCAAAUGGAUAAAGCAGGUGAAAACAGUCCAGGGACCUGGUUCGAAUUCACCCCCCAUGAAGCUGGCUUUCCUGGUCUGGAGGCAUUUGUGGACACAAAAUACCUGGGAAGCAAAUUCGAAGGUGGAAAGCUGACAGAAAAGAGGGAAGAGAAAAAUAUCUGCUACCUGCAAGGUUUAUGGGGAAGUGCCCUUGGAAGCAUGGACGCAAACAAGGAAUAUUUAAUAGACUUUCUUAAGGAAAUAUUCCGAAAACUAAGAGAACAUUGCUGUGCAGUAGGUGAAGCAGGAGAUCUACAAGGACUGCCAGUUUCUAUGCCUGUCAUUGGUACUGAUUACACUAGUGAACACUGUCAGGGUGUCCCCCUCCUCCUCCAGGAGCUUCAUGUUCAUGCCUCAGCUGGGGAAGACUGCGAGGGAAUCUUCAGGCAUCUGAAGGAAUUCCUGAAAGAGGAGAACUGCAACAAUUCCUACCUGAAGUGCUGUGAAGUGAGUGAGACCAGGGAUUUGAAGAGCUGCGAAGAAAGAAUGGUGGUGUUCGCUGAACUCAUCUGGAUUUUUGAAAAGGAACUUGGAGAAGGUGUGUGGCAGUUAAGAUGUUCAUGCCAAUUGUUAAGGAAAACCAUAACCUGUCUCCUCUACUGGAUAUGGGGGUGCACCAACAACUUUCUGUACAAAAGUCAUGAUGCCCAAUCCACUGGUUUGACCAACGAACAAUUAAUCUACUUGAUUGAUGCCGGCAUUGCCAUAAAUUCUGCCUACCCCCUCGUUCUGCGCCCACAGAGGAAAGUGCAACUGAUCCUCUCCUUCGACUUCAGCGCCAGGGAUCCUUUCGAGACCAUCAAGAAAACUGCCAUUUAUUGUAAGACAAAUCACAUCCCAUUUCCCGAGAUAGAUCCAGAAGAGAUUAAGGACCCAGAUCACCCCUCCGAUUGCUACAUCUUCAGAGGAAAGGAUGUUCCCACUGUCAUGCACUUCCCACUCUUCAACACCAUAAAUUGUCCAGGUAAAAUAAAGGACUUCAGAGACAAGUUUACCACCUUUACUAGACAUUACUCAGAGGAUGAUGUCAAAGAACUCCUCAAAAGAGCAAAGAUGAAUGUGUCCAACAACAAGGAGAAGAUUUUGAAUGAGAUCCGGCAGAUUGUGUCCUCCUCCACCAAGGAGUUUUAA